AUGUACCAGCCGGACUACUUCAGCGACGGGACCGGCCGGGUGUGCAAGCUGCUGAAGAGCCUCUACGGCCUGAAGCAGAUGCCGUUGUUGUGGUACAGAGCUCUCGACGGUGUGCUGAUGGGCGCUGGCUGGAAGAAGAGCCAGGUCGACACAGUCUACUUCAAAGUCGGCGACGACAAGGUGACCUGCUGGGUCCUGCUCUAUGUCGACGACCUGCUCGCCGCCAGCAGCACUGUAGCGAUGCUGAAGGAGCUGAAGGAGCUGCUUCAGGCCGCCUUUGAGCUGCGGGAGAUCUUGCCGGUGCAGAAGUACCUCGGGCUGGAGAUCGUCCGCGACAGGUUGGUGAGGAAGCUAUGGCUGCAUCAGCAGGGCUACGCCGACAAGCUGUGUAGGCGGUUCCUUGACGAGGAGCAGAACGGGCGCACCCCGAAGACGUCGGUCUCGGUCGACGCCUAUGCCACACUCACCUUCGAUGAUGAGGAGGCACAGUUCGGUGGUGGAGCAGAGUCGCUGAAGCUGAUCGGCUACGUGGACGCCGACGACGCCGGCGACAAGCAGAACCGGACGAGCACGGGCGGCUACGUGUUUGUCUUUGGAGGGGCUGCCAUCUCUUGGUCGAGCCAGCGCAUCAAGUGCGCAACGCUGUCGUCGACCGAGUCAGAGUACGUAGCGGCAACCGAAGCCGGCAAGGAGGGACGUCGCCUUUGCUUCCUCCUUGCAGAAUUCCGGCAGCUGGACACCGGGACGCCGACUGUUCUUCGGGUGGACAACAAGUCGGCCAUCACAGUCGCCGAGGUCAUGGGGUUGAUGGGCAACCUCAAGAACAUGGAUCAACGACAAGCCUGGCUGUAG